UAUUUUGCAGGUAUUGUAUUAGUAUUUCUUAGGGUCCUGUGAACAGCAAACAACUGAACCAUCAUGAGCAACUAUAGUGUUUCCUUGGUUGGCCCAGCUCCCUGGGGUUUUAGGCUUCAAGGUGGUAAAGAUUUCAACAUGCCACUCACUGUCUCCAGGUUAACUGAAGGAGGAAAGGCAGCCUUGGCAAACAUUGCUGUUGGAGAUCUGGUUCUUGCAAUCGACGGAAUCAGCUCUGAAACAAUGACUCACCUUGAAGCCCAGAACAAAAUCAAAUCUUGCACUGGAUCAUUGAGCAUGACUUUGCAAAAAGCUCCAAAUGUUCUCAAGGCAACUGUAGUGUCUCAGGAAGAGCCACCACAAAUCAUUAAGCCAGUGCCUGUUGCUUCCACCUCUCCUGUUCCAUUCAAAAGUAAACCAGCAGCUGGUGCCGCCUACAACAAGACUGCCAAGCCCUUUGGGGCACAAUCAUCAUCAUUAUCAUCAUCAUCAUCGCCUAGUGUGGCUUCUAUCCCAUCAGCAAUGUCAGCAUUUACCCCACCUUCCACUAAUUCUUCUCUUGCCCCACCCCCACAUUGUGUUCCCGCUGCUGUACCACCUCCACUAGCUGCCCAUUCUUCCUCUUCAAACUCUGUGUCCAUCCAGAGUGGACAUAUGAAACCACAGCCCAACUCCACUGCACUAAAUGUUUCAUCAACAAGUGUGGAUAAAGUGAAAGUACCACCCACCUCUAAUGCCCCCAUUGAUCAUGCCAAUAAUGCUCCAAAGCAAGCCACAGUUUAUAAUAGUCCCAUCAAACUUUACUCUCAUGAAAGUAUUGGCAAGGUGGCAGAAACUCAACAUAGAGGACCAAAAGAGAACCAAGGAGUUUCUUCACAACAAAAUGGGAAAAACCCUCCCAGAAGAGCGCCACGUAAGCCCAUCAUUGAGACAGACAUUCAAUUUUACCAUGUUCCUUCACAUGGAGAUGCAAGCAAGAAACGUCUGAUAGAGGACACUGAAGACUGGCGUCCAAGAACAGGCACCUCCCAGUCACGCUCCUUCCGCAUCCUUGCUCAGAUCACUGGCACUGAACGGAUGCAAGAGCCUGUUUCUGAUCCUGGGAAAAAGACAAAUGAGGUUGCAGAACAUAUUGAGCCUAGUCCUCAGGUCUCAUCAUCAGUAAAAACAAUGACCAAGAACACCUCCGGUACUUCCAAGGGUACUCCUUCUAAUGUAGUUUCUGCAACUCCCUUUAAACCCACAGGAACCUUUAGUACUAUUAAACCUCCUAUACAGCAAACUGGAACUGUAUCAGCUUCUGUUUUGUCAAAGGCCACUCCAAGUACUGGUUAUGUAACUUCAACUACUCUUCAAAACACAAAGGUACCAGAAAUAUCUGAUCACACAUUAUCCUUAAAUGCUUCCCAAAAAGAUGCAGAUACACUGGUGCAAAGAGCAGAGCACAUACCUGCUGGUACUCGUACUCCAAUGUGUGGACACUGCAAUAAAGUCAUAAGAGGUCCAUUUCUUUUAGCGUUGGGAAAAUCUUGGCAUCCAGAGGAAUUCAACUGUGCCCAUUGUAAAACCUCCUUGGCAGAUAUUGGUUUUGUUGAAGAAAAAGGUUCGGUCUACUGUGAACACUGCUAUGAACAGUUUUUUGCCCCUACUUGUGGCCAUUGCCAGAGGAAGAUUCUUGGGGAGGUAAUCAACGCUUUAAAGCAGACAUGGCAUGUUUAUUGUUUCCUGUGUGCAGCUUGUCAUCAACCAAUUCGCAACAAUGUGUUUCACUUGGAGGAUGGUGAGCCAUACUGUGAAAAAGAUUAUUACAAUUUAUUUGGCACUAACUGUCAUGGCUGUGACUUCCCAAUUGAAGCUGGAGACAAGUUUUUGGAAGCUUUAGGAUACACUUGGCAUGACACUUGUUUUGUAUGUUCGGUGUGUUCUACAAAUCUAGAAGGCCAAGCUUUCUUCUCAAAAAAAGGAUAAGCCAUUGUGCAAGAAGCAUGCCCAUGUGGUGCAGUUUUAAAAAUGAGUUUAAAUGCAAAGUUCAAAAAUGCAAGAUGAUGGAAAAAAAGGUUUUAGUAAUUAAUAUUCGAGUAAUGGAAAUUUUGGGGGGCUUGUCCUUCUUACACAUAGUUUACUGUGGUACUGUGUUUUGGGUUUCUUGAGAGCUUUCUGGUUUUCUUCUGAUAAUGAGUACAUUUUCUCAUUCUUUUAUACAUAACUUGAAUAGAGUGUUACUGUGUUUUUAACAAACUGAUUCUCUGUGCUACUUUGUGUUACAAAAUAAUUUUAGAGAUAUUUUAGUUCAGAUUUUUUUUCUUAAUUAGUUCUACAGCGGCAGAUCUUUCCCUCUACAACAACAAAAUAUAAUGCUAAAAUAUUUUAUUGCAUAUACAUUUUAUAUGAAAUUUGAUAUUUUAAGUGACCAUAAAUUUGAGGUUAAUUGCAAUUUAUAGAUACCUUUUACCAUUUAUUUUUGCAGCAUACAGUUAAAUUGGAUACUUGUAAUGAAUUGGAUAUUUUUCUGAUCUUUCCUAGAAAUAACCGUAUUAAAGAUAAUUCAUAGUGAGGCUAAGUGAACCUUGCCAAAAAAUAAAACUAACUAAAGUGAACAUUGUGAAAUAAAAGACUAAUUAAAAAAGUCACAUAGCAGAAACCCCACUUGAAGAAAUUAUUGUAAGAGCAAACCUGCUACUGUACAAUAUAUUUAUUUUAGCUAUUCAGUCAUAUGCCAUUCAACUACAACAUUAUUGUAUAUUUUGUAAUAAUUAAAGCUAAGAAUACAUUUCAUUGUUUAAUAUUUAUGCCUUGUAGAUGAUAAAUUAAUGAAAAAUGUAUAAAUCCUCUCUACCUUUGCACACUUUUGUCUUUUCUUUUACCUGAAGAUGUAUCACAUCAGGCAUUUCAUAUAUUUAGCUUUUAAACAGGUUCUUCGUAAAUGUUAAAACAGUGCAGAAGGCAACCUGGAAUGCCUUUUUAGGAACUGUUCAUUAUACUUAUGGUGUGCUUGCUAUGCAUCUUUCUACUGCUUUUCUGCAGUAGCAGCCCAGAUGGAUUAUGAAUUGAUAAUUGUCUUUGAAUCAAACAUCUUUAAUAUGAAAAUUUACACUGCUCAAUUGUUGUAUUAAAACUGGGUUCUGUUAUAAAGAGUUUUAAUGUGUUCAAAAUUAUUUUUGUGAUAUCAGAGGAUUAAUAAAAUCACAUGAA